CAUUCUGCAGAAAUCAAUUGAUAAAGAAUCUCUCUUAAAGACAGUGCAUUGAACAAGUAGGUAAGUUAAGACUUAAUUUUAAGAGUUCUAAGCAAUAAGCAUUUGCCCAGGCACAGAGCAGACCUCCCAGGACAAAAGCAACCCCAGACACAUGCAGCACAGGACCCCCAGGGCCAAAACCUUUCCCCAGGCUGCAAGUGUGAGCAAGGGUGAUGGUAGUCCUUGGGUGAGAAGGGGCUGACACCUAAUGGCAGAACCACAUUUACUCUGAAGGUUGUGGACUCUUUCUCAAACAAUCCUUUUGUCAGUUUCAUAAACCAUUUUUCAGAGACCAUCAAAUAUAGCUACCUAGACCGAACACACUCUACCUGGUCCCCAGAGAUCCCACAUAAGAUGAAGCCUCUAUGGAAUUCUACCCUAACACAUGUGCCACUGGUUAUAUUAAAAAAUUAAUUCUAGGGUUGAGAGAGCAGGUGAUACUUGCUUUGUAGGUAUCCAAGUGGUUUGCACCUGUGCUGUGAAUUGUUUUGUGUGUCCUGAUGGGUCCUUCCCAGGGACCAUCUUGCCCCACCCAUUUUGAUUUAUAGAUUCCUCAACAGGAGGGGCCAUGUCUCCUCCAUCAAUUUAGGCGCUGCCAAUUCAGGAACAAUGUCUAGUGCCACCAAAGGAGAGACAUGUCUAAGUACUGUUUCCCCACUACUUGAGCGAUGCCACGCAAGAUAGGAGCCAGGUCAUCACCUGCAUACAUAGGGCGAGCGCCCCGCCAGGAACUCGCUGACCCUUGCCCUGUCUUCCCAGGUUUCGGCAUGACCACCCCUGCCACGGUGGGCGGGAAGGCCUUCCUCAUCGCCUACGGGCUGUUCGGCUGCGCUGGGACCAUCCUGUUCUUCAACCUCUUCCUGGAGCGCAUCAUCUCGCUGCUGGCUUUCAUCAUGCGCACCUGCCGGGAGCGCCAGCUGCGCCGCAGCGGCCUGCUGCCCACCACCUUCCGCAGGGGCUCAGCGCUUUCCGAGGCGGACUGCCUGGCUGGCUGGAAGCCCUCGGUGUACCACGUGCUGCUGAUCCUGGGCCUGUUCGCCGUGCUGCUCUCGUGCUGCGCCUCGGCCAUGUACACCAGUGUGGAGGGCUGGGACUACGUGGACUCGCUCUACUUCUGCUUUGUCACCUUCAGCACCAUCGGCUUCGGGGACCUAGUGAGCAGCCAGCACGCCGCCUACCGGAACCAGGGGCUCUACCGCCUGGGCAACUUCCUCUUCAUCUUGCUCGGCGUGUGCUGCAUUUACUCACUCUUCAAUGUCAUCUCCAUCCUCAUCAAGCAGGUGCUCAACUGGAUGCUGCGCAAGCUGAGCUGCCGCUGCUGCGCGCGCUGCUGUCCGGCACCCGGCGCGCCCCUGGCCCGGCGCAACGCCAUCACCCCGGGCUCCCGGCUGCGCCGCCGCCUGGCCGCACUGGGCGCCGACCCGGCUGGCGACAGCGACGCCGAGGGCCGCCGCCUGUCGGGAGAGCUCAUCUCCAUGCGCGACCUCACGGCCUCCAACAAGGUGUCGCUGGCGCUGCUGCAGAAGCAGCUGUCCGAGACGGCCAACGGCUACCCGCGCAGCGUUUGCAUUAACACGCGCCAGAACGGCUUUUCGGGCGGUGUCGGCGCGCUGGGCAUCAUGAACAACCGCCUGGCGGAGACCAGCGCCUCCAGGUAGACCGCCCGCCUGCCAGCCCCGCUGCGCCAGAGACCCUCGCCAGGCUGGCGUACCGCUGGGCGUGGCUUGCUUUCCUUCUCUCAGACGCUGGCGCUUUCUUAAUCUUUAUCCAAUAAAACGAAACCAAAAAAGUUUUUUU